AUGCCUGCCGCAAACGAAACCCCUGCGCCGUCGGCACCUGCCGCAAAGCCGUCAUACUUUGAGACGAUGCUGGAAAAGGCGAAGAAGCUGCCUCCGGGCAAAGCGAAGGAGGCCGAUAGAGAGGAGCGUGAGAUGCGCGAAAGGGCGGCGGCUGAUCCAGAAGUGGCGGCCUACCUUGACUACCUUUGCCGCAAAUUUUUGGGCACUGGAGCGGGUUCGGUGAGACUGACUGCCAGUUUGAAAGAUUGGGAGAGGCAGCAGCAGCAGCAACAACAAGAGGAAGAGGAGAGGAAGAAGAAAGAGGAAGAGGAGGAGAAGGCGAGGAGUGAGCGGAAGAGGAAAGCGGAGGAAGACACCUCCCAGCUUGCUCCGACUGCACCCACCUUGCCUGGCCCCGUCACAGCCUACCUCAACCCGAAUCCCGAUCCGGGGUGCCACGUAUCGUGCGCGAGUAGCGACUACCAUCCCAGAAAGCCCUGUCCUGCCGCUGUAGCGGAGGAAAAGCUCGCUGCUGAUGCAGCACGGGAGGAAAAGCGCGCCGCCAAGAAAGCAGGCCGCCUUCCCGGCCCAUACAUACCUCGAGCAGAAGACUGGCUCUGCCGUUGCAGCUUUUGGAACGGCAAGUAUACGGAUGUCUGCCGAGGCAACGUGGGAGGAGUAGGUGGUGUUCCGUGUGAUGGUGUCCGAAAGGACAGUAGGAACCGUGGCCGUGUCGGGCCAAGUACGACGGGGACUGGUGCUGUGCGUGUGGGCGAUGGAACCGGCCGUAUAUGA